UUUGCACACUUAUAUAAGGUACUUGUCACAGGUUGUACUUGUGAAUAAUCCUUUUUUUUACAUUAAGAAUAGAAACAUAAUAAUCUUGAUUUAUAGACCACUUUUCACUUCCCAAUAUUAGCCAAAGAAAACAGACCAGUCACAAAAUAUAUGCAAAAAUAAUUUAAAACAGAACAGAAAAUCAUCAGUUGAAAAGGGAACAGUUAAAACAAAUGUGACGCAGUGAAUCGGAAAUUAAAAACUCAAAUCAGAGGAGGACUCGACACAUCUGUUGUGUUAGUAACUGUGUUGAUGAGUAAAAGUAACACAGACUUAUAGGAAACAGACAUGCCCUUUAUCGUAAACACUGAGAGAUGCUUCAGAUAAGUCAUUGACCACUAGUUCAAGUAUCAUACAACGGUUGUGGUAAUUAUUGGGAUUGGAGUGGAAAGUCUGAGACAGGUACAUGUGUCAGGAGUAAUUCUAAGUCUGAAUCUAACUGUUACUACAGUUGGUACAAGACUGUCACAUGGCUCAUUUCCUCUCUCUCUCUCUCUCGCUCUGUGUGUGUAUGUGUGUGUGGUACUCUUGACAAGUACAAAUGCGAUUUUUUUCCAACAGUCACACUAUCUGUACCCCAUCUGUAACUGACACAACUGUGCCUCCCCGCUCCGAUCUUUUGAGCCUUGAAUAUAUAGGUGAGUGGCGGCCCAUCCAGUCAUGGUGGGUAAUUCGAGCGGGACAACGCUGGACAAUGCAACCCUGUACCUGUUUCAGAGUACAAACACCAGCAACCUCAUUUCUGUCAUCUACAUAUUCGUUACUGCCAUCAACCUUGUGGGAAAUGGUCUCUCCAUGUGGCUCCUCCUGUUCCGUACCUCGCCCAAGACCCCCUCCAUCAUCUUCAUGAUUAAUCUGACCCUCACUGACUUGGCCCUUGGAGCUGCCCUGCCCUUUCAGAUAGCCUACCAGCUCCAAGGUUAUAACUGGAAUCUGGGACCUAAUAUGUGCAGUGCACUGACCCUCAUCUUUUACACCAACAUGUACUGUUCCAUUCUGACCAUGAUGGCCAUAGGUAUCGACCGCUACCUGGGCAUAGUCAAGCCCAUGCUGUUCCGAGAGACCAGAGAGCGGAGGUCCAUUGCUGUCAUCAGUUGCCUCCUCAUGUGGGGUUUGGUGCUGGCCGUUUUAAGCCCACUCAUGACCACAGACUUAACCUUUUUCAUAAGUGAACUUGGGAUUACCACAUGUUUUGACAUGCUGAAGAAAGACAUGCUCCCAUCCACGUUGGCCUGGGCUGCCUUCCUCUUCAGUUUGGAGUUCAUUCUCUUUCUCUUCCCCCUUUUUGUCACAACAUUCUGCUACGUCAGUGUCAUACGCAAACUGGCAAGAGAUUCCAAGACGGCACAGAAAAAGAGAGCGAUACGUCUGGCCUUUAUUGUUCUCCUGGUCUUCACCCUUUGCUUUACACCCAACAACAUCCUCUUGCUGAGUCACACUGUGUUGAGACUAUUCUAUAACAAGUCUCUGUACAUGCCCUACAAACUGGCUCUUUGUUUCAGCUGCCUGAACAGCUGCCUCGAUCCCUUCAUUUACUACUUUGCUUCGAAAGAAUUCAGACAAAAGCUGAGACAGAUGAUAAAUCUGCAUAGCCUAAGUAGCAUGGACUCGAUGAAGAUGGAGCAAAGCGAGAUUUUACACACUACACAUACCAAUUUUGACGGCCGAGAGAGAUAACACAGCGGGCAGUGUUUUAAUGCCACACCGUGAGAGGGAACAGUAAAAGUAGGAGAAAGAGAGGUGUAAAAGAGGAAGUGAGAGAAAAACAAGGCAUUUUAUGGUUCUUCUGAGUGUCGAACUCUCACCACAUAUGUCUUGUGUAAAAUGACUAAUUCAUCUUACCUUUUCCCAAAUCAUUUUACAUUUUUUUCCUAUAAGCACCAAAACAAAUGGUCUUGAACCACAGCUAUGUCCAUUUCCCCCAAUGUUAAUCUGCCUUCCUCUAUUACCAUGGUUUUGUAAGAAUAAGCAACAUUUGUUUGUGAAUAAGUCUAUAUAUUUUAAACACACCAUAUCAGUUUUACCAGCCACAUACUGUAGCACACAUGUAAAUACAAUAUGAAUUCAGUAUUUGUUGCCUAAGUGUGUGUUUUUUUGUUAAGUUUUUCUGGAGACAGGGUGUCAUUUUCUGUACAGACUGUAAAGCCCUUUGAGGCAAAUGUGAUGUUGUGA